GCGCAGAAGAAAAGAAACAGGAAACCAGGAAGAAACUUAGAAAGUGGUGUACAGAAAAGUUUUGGACCAAAACUUCAGGAUUUCACGGUUUUGAGAACAGUUUAGUGUGACUUUGAGAGCUAAAAUGGUUCAGCAGACACUGUGGCGUGCAGCUAACUUGGUAUUUGCCGCUUUCUUUGGAUUGGCAACCUAUGUCCAGAAGAACGACCCAGAUCCAGAGCUCUGGAUGGUUGCCUAUGGAGUCCCUACAGUGGUAUGUCUGACAACAGCCAUGUCAGAAAACUCGGAGAAAAGACCUGUGCAGGCGCUGGCAGGUGCCCACCUGUUGGCCUGUGUAGCUGCAGCCGGAAAACUGGUGUCUGACAUGACAUCCCUGCAGCUGGCACACUUGUUAGACAGUGAAGAGGGCAGAGAGCUUGGAGGUCUACUGCUUGUGAUAGCUUGGCUGCUUAUCACAACCCAGAAGCCUACCACUGGAGUCUGGAGCCCGUGGCUGGCAGUGGUGGUGUCGGUGGUACCAGUGGUACUGUGGGGGUACUACCACUUCUACUCCGGCCUGGUACCACUGCAGCCGGAACACUGCCAGGGUGCCAUAUAAGGACAUUACACCACUGACAGUCCUAACAGUAAUGGUACAACAGGGGUGCCAGAGUAUUCAGUGCAAUUUUACGGA